AUGACAAUGCCGGGCUCUCCGGCGAGGCCGAGCUUCUCGGCCCUCCGCGGUGCCCGGUGGCGCGCCGAUCUCGGCGUCAUCCCCGGCUCCGCCGCCGUCUCCACCGACGAGCUCCGCCGCGCCGCCGCCGACUCCCGCCGGAGAUAUGCUAAUCUGCGGCGAAGGCUGCUAAUAGAUCCCCAUCUUUCCAAGGAUGAAGAAGGUGCCCCUGACUUGAUUGUGGAGAAUCCACUCUCGCAGAGCCCAGGGAGCACUUGGGGCCAAUAUUUCAGGAAUGCGGAGCUUGAGAAAAUGCUUAACCAAGAUCUGUCCCGCCUGUACCCUGAAUUGGGGGACUUCUUCCAAACAAGCACAUGCCAGUCUAUGCUUGGACGUAUAUUGUUAGUAUGGAGCCUCAGAUACCCAGAGUUUGGUUACAGACAAGGAAUGCAUGAACUCUUAGCUCCUCUUCUCUAUGUACUUCACGCUGAUGUGCAGCACUUCAGACAAGUCAGGGACCUUCAUGAAGAGCUUUUGGGUGAUGAUUUUGAUGGUCAAACUUUUCCAGAUCGUUCAAAGCUGAACAGAAGUGACAGGAAAAACAAUGUUGAGGGUAGAACAGCUAAAAUUAGAAGUUUGGCUGACCUUGAUCCUUAUACUAGAGAUCUUUUCUUGAUCAAUGAUGCAUAUGGAGCAGAGGGUGAGCUGGGUAUUAUUUUAUCAGAAAAGUUUAUGGAGCAUGAUGCUUACUCUAUGUUUGAGAAUUUGAUGAACGGUGCGCAAGGAGUGGUUGCUAUCACUGACUUCUAUUCUCUGAGUCCUGCCCCAGAAUCAAGCAUGGGUUUAACACCUGUAAGAGAGGCAUCAUCUGCAAUAUAUCACUUGCUUGCUAGUGUUGAUUCCUCUCUUCAUAGUCACCUUGUGGAGUUAAGAGUUGAACCUCAGUACUUUGCAUUACGAUGGCUCCGCGUCCUAUUUGGUCGUGAAUUUUCACUUGACAGUCUUCUGUUUAUUUGGGAUGAGAUCUUCUCUUCUCCUAACCAUUCUUAUUGUACCGAUAUCAGUAGUAGGGCAGAUUAUCAGUUUAAAGUGUUAUGUUCUCCUCGUGGUGCGCUGAUUUUGUCAAUGGCAGUAUCAAUGAUGCUUCAUCUCAGAUCCUCCUUGUUAGGGAGUGAACAUGCGACUUCUUGCCUAGUGAGGUUGUUAAAUUUUCCAGAAGAUAUUGACUUAAAGAGCUUAAUUGAGAAAGCCAAGUUACUGCAAUCUUUUGCCCUUGAAGCAAAUCUUCCUUCAUCCCCAAUGAGAGGAAAUUCUCUCUUGACUACACCCAACUAUUGGGAAGAGACAUGGAAGAUUCUCCAGCCAUCAAUGGACCAAAAGGGUGGUGGUGUCUUCAAGAUGAAGGGAAGGGGCUUCUUGAGAAGAAGCUUGUCUAACACUGAGUCGAAUGUUUCUAGAAGCAAGGCUGUUAAUUUUGAAAACAACGAUAUGACUUCAACUAGGCAGUCCACUACUGAUGAACUUCACAAUGCUGAUGUAGUUCCUGUGGAGCUGAUAAAUAGUGUGCCACACAUGCUUAUAGAAAAACAAAAGCAUCAUGUUGGUAAAGGUUCUUCAGAGGCUAUUGAGAGUAAUUCAAAGAAUGCAUGUGAGAUAGGCCAGCAUGAUGAUUACUGCUCAACUUCAGGUGAAAUUAGAGAUCCUCUUGGAGCAGCUAGUGGGUAUUUAUCGAGGAGCAGCAGUACCACUUUGUCAUGUGGCACUGAAUACGAUCAUGAUACCCAUCAUCUGGAAGAACCAUGUAAUCCCUGUGAUGACAGAGUGGUUAAUGAACCUGAUCCACUCUUUGUGCACAAUGGUAGAACUGAUGAAGCAGCAACAACAGAUCGAACAUCUGGAAUAGUGGAUACUUAUCCAGUUCAACAGCGUAGACUGUGUUCUGUUGAUGGGAAGCCGAAAAUAAAAGAUGACCAAAAUUCCACUAGUGAUAAAGGUGGCCAAAAAGAAACAUUGGCAAUAUGUUCAAUAACAAAUGUGGCUGAUAAAGAGUUGAGCAGAACAUUAAGAUCUCUUGGUGAAUCUAUGGUUGAGAACAUACAGGAUAUCGAGAUGCUGUUUCAACCAAAUUCACUCUCGACUUCAGUGGAGAAACUUGAGAAAGCAAUUCCUAGAAGCAGAGAGCAAGCUAAGGCAGUAGCAGCUCUAAAAGAACUCAGGAAGAUCAGUGACCUUUUACGUCAAAUUUAA